UUCUCUUGUCCCAAUUUCACCUGCACGCAUCAAAAUGCCAGUCCAAGAGAACCAUAUCUCAGUGACCUCACCAUCGCCGCCGCCGUCUCCGGCCUCCGUAUACGGCGGCGACAACAACGAUGACGAGGCCUGGGUCUGGACCCAGAUCAAGGCGGAGGCCCGCCGCGAUGCCGAGUCCGAACCCGCACUCGCGAGUUACCUGUACUCAACGAUCCUCGCUCACUCGUCUUUGGCUCGUUCUCUUUCCUUCCAUCUCGGUAACAAGCUCUGCUCCUCCACUCUCCUCUCCACCCUCCUCUACGACCUCUUCCUCAACACCGUCACCUCCGACCCCUCCCUACGCGCCGCCACCGUCGCCGACCUACGCGCGGCCCGUUACCGCGACCCAGCUUGCAUUUCAUUCUCCCACUGCCUUCUCAACUACAAGGGCUUCUUAGCGAUCCAGGCCCACCGCGUGGCCCACAAGUUAUGGGCCCAGAACCGGAAGCCGAUUGCGCUGGCGCUCCAUUCGAGGAUCUCCGACGUGUUCGCCGUCGACAUCCACCCGGCGGCGCGGAUCGGAAAAGGGGUGCUGCUGGACCACGCGACGGGUGUGGUGGUGGGUGAGACGGCGGUGAUCGGAAACAACGUGUCGAUUCUGCAUCACGUGACGUUGGGUGGGACCGGGAAGGUGGUUGGGGACAGGCAUCCGAAGGUGGGGGAUGGGGUGUUGAUCGGCGCCGGGGCGACGGUGUUGGGGAAUGUGAAGAUUGGGGAAGGGGCGAAGAUUGGGGCGGGGUCGUUGGUUCUAAUCGAUGUGCCGCCGCGGACGACGGCGGUGGGGAAUCCGGCGAGGUUGUUGGGUGGGAAGGAGCAGCCUAAGUUGCAUGAGGACGUGCCUGGAGAGUCAAUGGAUCAUACGUCGUUUAUUUCGCAGUGGUCCGAUUAUGUUAUCUGAUAGGUUUUGGUCAUCAUGAUCUGUGACUCGUUUUUUUUCUUCUUUUUCUGUUUUUUGUUGUGUGUAGUGAGAUCAAUAUGAGGUGGGUUCCACAUGUAACAAAUGUGGGACCAAUAUAAUGUGGUAUUCGCAGUGAAAUUAGUUACUAAAACAAUGAUCGGUUGUUUUGUGCGACACCAGUAAAAUAAAGAGCAAUGCCACGUUUCUGAU